AUGCGGUGGAAGUUACUUCUGCUGCUGUUCUGUGCGGUGGCGCUGGUGGCUCAAUCAACCAAUGUCGCCGCCGAGGACGGUGAGUCCGCCCAGGAGGAUGGGGGCGCUGCAGACGAUGGCGAUUACGAUGCGGAGCCGGCAGCGGACAACGAUCAAACGGAACCAGAUCAGGACGACCCGGCAGAUGACGGUGGGCUCGGGGAGGAGGGCGACGAUCAACCAGCGGACGAGGACUCGGCGGUUGCAGCGAUGCACGAGGAUGUGGUCGAUGUAGACACCGAUACCGUGGCGGAGGGUGGGCAAGCCAAGAAGGGCAAGUACUUCAUGUACGACGAUUUCAACAUGGGCCUGGACAUGGCCGAUACCAACUACAACUGGGAAGAUCCGAUGAAUCGUGAGCAACCGAAGGAACCGCCCAGGCACAGCAUCGAUGGUGGUUACACCAUCAACCCGACCCGUCUGGCCCAGAUUCGGCGUAACUUCCUGUACCCGUUCUACGAUCGCGGUGGUCCGGAAAACACGGGCGAUCUGCAGCGCGACAUACACGCGUCGAUGCCGCAGGUGCACAAGAACUUCAACUUCCAGCUGCCGUUCUUCGGCUUCCGGUUCAACUAUACGCGCGUCUCGAUGAACGGCUUCCUGGAGUUUUCCGAUCCGCCCGAGCACUACACCUACCCGCUGUCGUUCCCCAUCAAGGACUGGCCGCAGCGGAACGAUCCGUCGUUCAUCGGAAUCUUCUUCUCGAAGUGCCGCAUCGGGCGCAUCUACCAGACGGACUUCGACCAGCGGGCGGCGGGUGUGUACUUCCGGAUGGAGCGCGACUUGAUGACGCGCACCGAUCGGGCGGGAGCUGAGAUGCGCGAGCGCGUGAUGUGGGAUAUCCGCGAGGGGGUGGUCGGUUCGGACACGUUCGUGCCGAAGCACGUCAUCAUUACGACCUGGAAGAACAUGAGCUUUGCCGGCGGUAUCGACAACUCGCUGUUCCGGACGAACACCUUCCAGAUGGUCCUGGCCACCGAUGAGGUGUACACGUACGCCAUAUUCAACUAUGCCGAAAUCAACUGGUCGUCGCACACGGAAGCCGGUGGAGAUACGACUGGAGGCGAAGGUGGUGUUCCCGCUUAUAUCGGAUUCAAUGCCGGCAACGGUACGCAGGCCUACGAGUACAAGCCGUACAGCCAGGCGUCGGUCCUGCGCGAUCUGACCGGGCGUGGCUGGGCGAACGGAUUCCCCGGGCGGCACAUAUUCCGCAUCGACGAGCGCAUCAUGCUGGGCACGUGCAACAAGGACAUUGACGCGUCCCAUCUGCCGCUGGUGUUUGCGCCCGAGUCGGGCAACAUGCUGGGCGGCACGGUGGUGAACAUUACCGGGCCGUGCUUCGACCGGAACGACCGAGUGGCGUGCCGGUUCGACACGGAGGAGGUGGUCGGCACGGUGGUGGACACGAACCGGGCGAUCUGCAUCCAGCCGUUCCUGAAGGCGCAGGGCUACAUCCGCUUCGAGAUUUCCAUCGGCACGGAGCGGUUCAAGUGGCGUGGCCGCUACUUCGUCGAGACGCCCGCCACCGCCACCGAUCGCAUCUUCUUCGAGACGGACGACGUGCAUCGGCGCAACCCGAACGAGAUCCGCAUCACCUGGAACCGGUUCAAUCUGACGACGAACCUGAACGCGAACGUGCAGAUCUCGCUGUGGGGCUACCGGGAGGCUACGAUCCGGCCGGAGCUGGAGUUUAUCGAUAUGCUCGAAACGCAGCUGACCAACACGGGCGUGUACACGAUCGUGCCGGCGAACUACCGCAACCGCGACAACCCGCGCACGUUCGACAUGCAGUUCGGCUUCAUCCAGAUCAACCUCACCAAUCCGGAGCAGUACAACAACCUGCGCAUUUCACCCGUACUGUGGUCGAAACCGAUUCCGCUUGGCUGGUACUUUGGGCCGCAGUGGGAGCGUAUCCACGGUCGUAACUGGCCGCGGGCGCUCUGCGAGAACUGGCUGCGUACGGAUCGGUUUUUGCGGAACUUUGCCCACGAGCUCCCCAUCUGCCCGUGCACGCUGGAGCACGCGCUGCACGACAAGGGUCGCUACCUGCCCGAUCCGGACUGCGAUCGAGACUCGAAUCCGACCUGCCUGCAGCAUCGCGGCGCGAUCCACUGCGUGCGCUCGGGCCAACCAACGGUGCAGGGCUCGGAGCAGCAGUGCUGCUACGAUCGAAACGGCUACCUGAUGCUUUCGUACGAUCAGAUGUGGGGCUCGAGACCCCGCCGCAACCACAACAUCGGUCAGAUUCCGUGGAACGAGGCAAACAAGGUUCCCACCCUGUCGACCUGGUUCCACGACGUCCGGCCGUACUACUCGUGCUGCAUGUGGCAGGAUGAGCAGGCCGUCGGCUGCGAGACGUUCCGCUUCGAGCGACGUCCGUCGCAGGACUGCAUCGCCUACCAGGCACCCGGUGUGGCCGGUGUGUUUGGCGAUCCGCACGUCGUCACCUUCGACGGACUGCAGUACACCUUCAACGGCAUGGGCGAGUUUGUGCUGCUGCGUGGCAACAAUGGCCGCGAGCGGAUCGACGUACAGGGUCGCUUCGAGCAGGUGGCCCGUAACCUCCACGGCCCGGUCAUGGCCACGCAGCUGACGUCGGUGGUGGCCCGCGGUAACACAUCCACCAUCAUCGAGGUGCGUCUGCGUCCCCGGGAGGCUCAGUGGCGCUACCGGCUGGACGUGUUCGCCGACCAGCGGCGCAUCUACUUCGACCGGCAGAGCCUCAAGUUCCAGCACUUCCAUGGCGUCACCGUCUACACGCCGACCUACAUCCUCAACCAGUCCGAGGUGGUGAUCAUGUUCUCGUCCGGAGUCGGCGUGGAGGUGGUCGAAAACAACGGCUUCAUGACGGCACGGGUGUACACACCGUGGAGUUUUAUCAACAAAACGCGCGGCCUGUUUGGCAAUUGGAGCUGGGAUAUGCAGGACGAUCUGGUGACACCAGGCGGCGCUAUAGUGACACCCAACAUAAACAACUUCCAGAACAUACACGAGCAGUUUGGUUUACAAUGGAUGCUAUCGGAUCGUGAGGAGGAAAACGUCGGACAGGCACUGUUUACACGCGAGUUUGGCAGGACAUCGAGUUACUUUGCGAACCGAAGUUUCGUGCCGAACUUUAUACGAGAACCGAGCCAGUUCCUCCCGCCGAACCGGACGCAGGAUGUGGUGCGGGCGCAAGAGCUAUGCGGCGAGAGCUACCAGUGUCGGUUCGACUAUGGUAUGUCGCUCAGCCGGGAAAUGGCUCACUUCACCAAGAACUACUAUGCGAGUGUGGUUAACAUACAGACGGUAAACGACAAACGGGUCAUAUCGUGCGGUAUCUUGGAGACGCCUCGCUUCGGUAGGAAAUCCAACUUCCUGUUCACGCCUGGGGCACGCGUGUCCUUCGAGUGUAACGAAGGGUUCUUCCUGAUUGGUGACUCCCGCCGCAUCUGCAUGGAGAACGGCCAGUGGGAUGUACCGGAGUACGGCUACACCGAGUGCUUGCGUGGAGUGUUCUAUUCGCGUCGUACGGCUUGGAUUGCGAUUGGCAUUGUCAUUGCUGUGAUCAUUCCGCUGAUGCUGUGCAUCGUGUGCGGUGUGUACUGCCUGCGUAAGCGCAAGCGUAAGGAGGAUCCGGACUGGCGCCUGCCGCUCCCGUCCCGCUCCGGUUCGCGGGCGACACUGCGCAAGGGCGAGGACAGCGAGUUCGACGACACCACCAUCAAGAAGACGCUGCGGUACGACGCCACCUACCGGACGAACGAGCCGCUCGAGGGCAAGCCCAACAUCCAGUUCGAGCCGAAAAAGAUGGACCUGGACGAAGAAGAUAUCACAUCCUCGGAAGGAGGUGAAUAUAGCGCUAAGGUUGCACGCGAUUUCGAGUAUAAAAACCUGGCUGAUCAAAAACAACUAGGUCGGCGCAGCCAGCGAGGCGGACUGCAGCAGGCGGGCAUGUUCUCCGGCGAGGAGGAGGAGGAUGACGACGACAUGAAGGGAUAUCCACCACCGCCCCCACCGGCCACGCUCGGUCAGCAGCAGCAGCAGCAGCAGCAGCAGCAGCAACGCCAGCAACAGCAGCCAGAGUCCCCGAUGAAUGGUGCCUACAGCCCGACGUUCAGCGACAUCGAUCGGGCGAGCAGCUUCGCCACGGAGGAUAACUCGCCCCUCAACCAGCGGCGACCGCAGGUCGGAGGCAACCUAUCGCCGCUGCCCAACACCAGCCGCAACUUCUAUGGCGGCGAGCCAAGCAACCAAACCCAGCCGCUGGUCCAAAAUGUCGGACUGCCCAGCCGCAUGGACAGCCGUUCGACGGAGGUCUAG